AUGGGCACCGACCUGAACGAGUUGGUAAAACUUUUGGUUCGCAAAGUCAUGGCAGUCGCCGGGAAAAUUGGGACCCGUCUGCAUAAACAGAUUCGCUUUGCUCCUAACAAGAGACCUGUGGAGAAUCCGACUGUUGAUAUUCCUAUCCGUGAGCAUGAGAUAAUGGAAAGUGCGGAUCUUGAGACUGCGUUCAGUGAGAGUGCGAUUAUGGAGACUGCGACCCAACCUUUUCAUCAAAUUUCGGAUCCUCAAAUGUACCGAGGAAAGUUCGAGAGCGCCAUGCGGAACUUUGAACGUACCAAGGCAUUUGGGAAAUAUGACAAAAAUAAUGAUCUCAUCGAUGCGCCGAAACUAGGGAAGGUGUUGGAGGCUAAUAAGGAAGCAUCGGGAUCGAAGCACGUUGAACCUGACGAGAUCAUAAUUACCAUGUUGCUCUCUAGAAGUCCACUAGAUAUGGUAAAGCUACUAAAAUCGCUUCGUGAGAUUGAGGGUAUGGAAGGUGAGGCCGACGCGUUGCACAGGAGACUACUUGUGAUCCUCAAAGAUCAUCCAGGCGUGGUGUCUUACGCGUGGAUGGAGUCGGAAUAUCUUCCCGAAGAGCUUUUGAGAUCGUCCGGUUGGAUGGAAUGA